GCUCUGAAUUGUUUGGGCUAAUGGCGGACAUUGCGUUUACAAAAACGCGUUACACGUUUAAUUGCUUGUUUUACGUGUAUGUUUUUUUUUCUUUUUAUAGAUAAUCGAUAAUUAAUUUCUUUUGAAGUAUUCACGAAUUGAAGUCUAUUGAAAGUGCAAGAUUUUUGCGGUGCUUCUCUUGGUUUAUCUCUCUGACACAAGGUUUGAUUGAGCUUACAGAGGCAAUUCUAAUAGUGUUGCAUCUUUAUAAUUAAAUGAGUUGUUAUUUCAUUGUAACUCCGAUGAGUUAAACCUAGUGUUAAAAUAAUGAGUUCACCAAAUACAGUUGCGUCGAGUGAAAACUCCUCCAAGAAAUCUGAAGACUCUCGUGUAGUUGCAAAGCAAGAGAUCAACACACUUCCCGAAGAAGGAGUUAAAAACAAUACAACUGUUGUUAAAACAGAACAGCCAGCUCAACCACCAGUUACAAAUGGUGCCUUACCAGAAAGUGAAGUGAAGGUUGUGGGAAAUGGACUUGAAUCAUCAACAAAUGGGCAAGAUGAAAAACCCAUCAGUGAUGGGCCUCAUAGGGAAGUUCCAGCUCUACUUCCACUAGGACCCAUCUCUUCUACACCUGCUACUGCGCAAACGGGCUCUCUACCCUCUGUAAGCCCAACUCCACCUGCAAGACAACCCUUGCCUCAGCUAUUACCCAUGACCCCCGCUACAGCACCUGUUGUGGCUACUAAGAGUGCACCACCACCACCACCUUCUACUCCUACUACAAAAACCAGAGGGAGAACUUCUUUAUCAGCAUCUGUGUCUUCAAGCCCAUCCAAAGAACAGUCUCCUUCUGGUCCUUCGUUGAGAAGUAAGAAAGAAGAUGAAGAACCAAAACAGUCUGUGGUUGUUCCAGAAGAAAAAGAAGUAAAGAAAAGAAAAGCGGUUUCUAAAAAGAGAUAUUCGGUUGCGUCGUCAGAUUCGACAGAAAAGGGUGAUGCUGAUUCUGGUGGUGAUGGUGACACUGGUCGAAAGUCCAAGCGGGCCAGAACUCGAACUCAACCCUUUCAAAGCUCUGACAUGGACGUUAAUUUACUUCGAGUUAUCAAAGCAUCAGCCGCUGCUCAAGCAACCGCAGCAGCUCAGUUGGCCAAAGCCAAUGAAGAAAAGCUAGUUGUGUUUUUCAAAGGAGAAUUUCUAGCGGUUCGUAAUGCAGAGGGAGGCUUCUACAUAUGCCAAGCAACGCAAAACAUUUGCCGAGGCGGCCAUAAAAUUCGAAUUCGCUGGCUAUCCCAGGAAGAUCCCAAAAAUCCCAAGAAGAAAACGAAAAAUGCCGUCGCAGCUGAAACAGCGAAAGAUGAAAGUGGAUUUGACAUCUACACUCCAGAUUUCUAUGAUAAUACCGACUUCGAGUGCAUAUUAACCAAUUUAGAACUUGAAAAACUCGGUAGAGACCGCUACGGUUUACCUGUAGAAGAACGUACUCGAACGGAAAACAUUCUCCGACGAGCCAUUGAAGUUGAACAAGGAGUCGUUGACAAAUUAGAAUUAACCGAAGAACAUCCUGACGGCCUUGAUGUUUCUUUAUUUCAUGAUGAAUCUCAGCUAAAACGGAAAGGCAAUGAUGAAGAAUCAUCAUCGGAAAGCGAGUCUGAUUCCAAAGAAGAAGUUGCCACAACCUCUGGAAGUUCGGCGAAAUCCAUCCAAUCAGUCGAGCCUAAAACGUCCACUAGUGGCGUUGCUUCGACCUCAUCUGGUAGAGGAACCAAAAGGACUCGGGCAGCGGCUGUUGCUGCCGCCCGGCAGAAAAUUCAACAAAUGCGACAAUAUCAGGAGGAUGACGACGAUGAAGAUUCUAGCGACGAUGACGACGACGACGAUAUCGAUGAUGACGAUGAUAGUAGCAGCGAUAGUGAACCAGGAAAACGUGGUCGACGAGGACGAUCCCGCCCAGUGCCUGUAACGAAAGCACGCGUCAACGUUCGCUCCGCAAGAGGGAAAAAGCUUGUAGUGCCUCCCAAAAAGGCUGCUCCUAUCCCCAUGAUAAUGAAACGCACGAAAGCGUCGCUUAAAGAAGCAACCGAGGUUACAAGUAAUCGAAGAAAGGUGGAACGUGUCACUGUGGCCCCACCCUCGCCGCCUGAAAAGGUUCUUACCGUUGAUGUUGAAAUGGGCGAAACGUCAACAAACGAUGAAGAGUCUAAGGAGAUCAAGCUGGACGCCGUAAUGGCUGAAGAGAAUGAUUCGACAGAAGAAAAAGACAAAAUAAAAAAGUCCGAAAAGUCGGAAAAAUCCGAUACUAAACCUGAAAAAAAAGUGGCUGACGUGAAAAGUGCAGCAGUUCCUGUGGAAGUCAAGCCUGAAUCCAAAGACAACGAUAAGGAUGGUGUUAAGGAUGUUAAAAAACAGGUAUCAACUAAAACGGAGAAGGAUGCGAUAGAAACCGAGUCAGUCAAGGAAAAACCAGAAAAAGCAGCUGAGGACGUCAAGGUAGAAGUUAAAGUAGUUGAAACCAAGGACUAGCGAAGGCUUAGAUUGUUUUGUUCCCAUUUUUUAUUCAAAUAUAACCAUUGCAUUGGGCAGAGGGUUUUUUUCAUCGAUUUCAUCGUUUCCCAGUGACUCUUUCGAGGGGUCUGGAAUGUUUCGGACUGGACAGAUUUCAAAUCCUGUUUUGCUAUAAUUCGUAUCGUUUGUGGCGCAGGUGUUUGGCAUCGCCCAAUUCCAGAUCGUCAUGUCAAGUACUGAAUUGAAUGUUUCCGUUACAAAAUAAUCGAAAAACAAUGACCGGUUGAACUCGCAAGAAACUUUUUCAAAGCUAGUUGUCAACUCGUAUUUCAUGUUGCCUUUGGUCGAUGCCAAAGGGUACAAAACUGGGCAAUCAGGGGAGCUUUUUGGGAUGUAAGUUUGGCUUUCAACUCAAAACAAUGGUCUAUUCCUUUUGAAUGAUACCCGGAUACACAAAAGUUUAAACUUUAAACGCCGGGGAUUUCAUGCGUAGACAUUUUUAUUUCGCUUUAUUUCAACAAAUUAUAAUUUUUUUCUUUUUUCUCUCUAUCUUUAACUCCCCGCAACAAGGGAUAUGUGUAACCAGCAGCUUUGAUGACGAAUUGGAAGACUUCUGUUCCAUGUGUGUCUGGUAUUAAGUGAUUUAUAUUAUAUGGUAUUCCUUAAUCCCGACCCUCCCAUUAGUUUUUGUUCGUCAUUACUUCUUUGAUUGGUUAUAGCUUCUCUCUCCCUACCCCCAACUUACAGUAGUACAUAAUAAGAUUUUUUUUUUGUUUUAAUUAUAAAAUAAAAAACGUUUCAUCUAAUGGAUCGUGUGCAAUUGUGGCGUGUACAUGUCGUACAAGUGUUCGUCGCGGCAGUAGGUACGAAGUUCGAAACGUACUUGUCUGCCUUAUCCACACACAGUUUUGGUUUCUCCUAUUAUUUUUGCUAUAAACAUCAUGCAUUCGUGUGAACGUCCUAUUAUACCUCCUCCCUUUCCCCUUCCACCAGUUUCACAACAAUAACAAAA